GAACUCCUUUAUAGGUGAAGAAAGAAUUAGUAGUAAGUUGAUAUCUGUGACAUAAACAGAACCAAUUUGAACUAGAGGAUUACUGAAUGAGGCAGGAAAGAAACUGAAAAGAGGCAUCAAAUGUACAAUUGAAGGCAAUGAUGCAUGUCUGGCAAAUUAUACUUGGGCAAUAAACAAGGUGCGCACCUUUUACUCUCUGCCGGAGAAUCAAACCCACGAUUUUGGCAAUCUUCCGUGCGACAGCUACUCACCGAGAGGAUUUGAACUCGGCAUUCAAAGCCUGCCUCGCUAUGCAGGUGGCGGCCCCAGGUCCAAGGUCUAAACCGGACCCAGAAGAAACACGCUGAAACCAGACGUGCUCAGCGCAGGGUGGAAAACCUUUUUUGUACAUGUGCCAAAAGAAGCGCCCCCAGAAACUGCUCCGCGAGACCGCGAGGGAUACCGUGACGCCUCCACACCUGGCUCGGCUGCCUGGGCCAAACCGGCGGCAGAAAACCCCACUGGCGGAAACCCACCGGCACGGACGGCGGCACCCACGGGCGCGCGUCGCACGCAGAGAAGCCGUUCACUCUUCGUUAAAGCCAUAGGUCGGUUGCGGGCGGGCGCCUCGGUUCUCGGCCGUGUACUUGAUCUUCCCGACGACGUCGCCUUCGAUUCCGAGAAAGGCUCUUCCAAAUCCGCCGAGCAUACUGCAGUCGGGGGCGGGGCCAUGCGUACCAAGCACUUGAUACCCAACAACGCCGCGGGGCUCACCUACGCGAGCGCCUACGCCGCGCGCCAGGACUACGGCGAUGGCGGCGGCGGCGACCCGUUCGAGGGUUUCCCCGACGCGGUGCUCGGGCUGAUCGUCUCCAAGCUCCCCUUCAGGUCCGCCGUCGCCGCGUCCGCCGUCUCCCGCCGGUGGCGCGGCGCGCUGGCCGCCGCGCCGGCGCUGGACCUCGACUUCCCGGCGGCGUUCCCCGCCGCGCCUCGUCGCAGGACGGCAUUCGCGGCCGCCGCCACCGCCGCGCUCGCGUGCGCGCAGCACCACCCGCUCCGCCGCCUCCGCCUCGCGCUCGACGGCUUCUUCGACCAGGUCUUCGCCGCCACCGCCGCCGGCCACGUCGCCUCCUGGCUCGCCGCCGCCGCGGCUCGCGGUGUCGAACAGUUGGAGCUCCACCUCCCGCGCUCCCGCCUCGCGGUGAUCCCUCCCUCCCUCCUCGCCUGCACCAACCUUACAUCCCUCACCCUUCGCCUCGACCACUACGCCCUUCCCCUCCCUUCUCUCUGCCCUCUCACCGGCCUCCGCCGCCUUCACCUCGCCUCCGUUUCGCUGGCUGGCUGCGACGACUUCCUUGAAGAUCUCUUCUCUCACUGCGCGCAGCUCAGCCACCUGAUCCUUGAACGGUGCCAUAUGGGCGCCCUCCGACUAGCCGGCACGAGGCAGCUUUGCUCGCUCGCCAUCACGGACUGCUCCUGGACGCAGCAGUCGUCUAUUACCAUUUCUGAGAUGCCUGCGUUGCGCGCUCUCCGCUACUCGGGUGAAAUGGCAAACAGGCACAUGAUUGAUGGCGCCCAUUCGUUGCACGAAGUCGUUCUGGCCAUUGAGAAGCCACCAGUUAAGCUCCAGGAGCCUAAUAUCAGGGCGCUCCUUGCCUUGGUUGGGAAUGUACGGAACCUAGUGCUUUCGCCCUGGUGCAUUGAGCAAUUUGCACGUCCUGAGGAGUGGUUGAAUUUGCGGCUAGAUAUGGUGUCACGGUUGGCAUGCAUAAUACAAAGGAAGGAAGAAGGUGCUUUGUCCAUUGCUCCAUUGCUUGCAAAUUGCCCCAACGUGGAAGAACUUUCUGUGUCUGUCGUGCCAUCGCAGGGCAACCGGAGAAGGUGCAACGGCGACAGAGUUAAGUAUGGUGUUAUGGGUGGUAAAGGGGGGAUUAUGAGGAAUCUCAGGACAAUUAGGAUGGAGUACAUCGAUGAGAACAAGAGUGGAUUGGAGUUAGUUAAGCUUUUACUCAAGAAUGCGCCGAUGUUGGAGAUGAUGACUAUUGUGCCUUCCAUGGAUGGCCUCGAGCUGGCCAAGUUCAGGUGCAGGGUGUUGAAGUUCAGGAAGGCCUCCAGGAAUGCCAGCAUCCAGUUUCGCUCCACUGCAUGAUGAGAUGAUUGUGUGCCAGGUGAGAACGUCCAGAAACGAUUAUAAUUCUCGCCUUACCUACACUCAGUCCUCGACUGUCUGUUUCAAUAUGCAGAAAUCAGUGACUGUAAGAUGUGUUCAGGAUAGCUCCACUUUUCCGUGGAACUGAAGCUGUGAGCGGACUAUGAAUGUGCUGUCCCAAACACACCCUAGAUGCCAGUUCCUGCUAAAUCCUUUGAUCUGUUCAGGUCACAACUCACAACUGAGAGCCUCCUGAUCUACAAGUUUCUCUGUUCUACUUAUAUGGUACUCCUAUUCCGGAGAAUAUCGCAUCUGUCCUUGACGUCCUUUAAACCAAACAAAUGGUAUCCCUCUAGAACUAAUGCGCAUUGUCUUCCGUCGUCACGUUGAAAUCAGUGACUGCUCGAGCAUGUAGCGGAUCUGUCCCGUUGGCAAUGCAGCUCCUCGCGCCACUGCUCCAGCUAAGUCGGCUUGCUGGCAUUGAUGGCGCCAUGUCAAAGCUGGGUGCCCCUUGCCAAGGAAUCGGCGCAAGUUUUCCGAUCCAACAGUACAAGUCUUACAGAAGUACAGUAGUGCGAGUACGUCUUUUGGAGGUACACGUGCCUUAGCAUGACGAUCCGCAUCUGUAAAUGUUCUGAACUUUUCUUAAGAGGGCAAAUGGACUUAUGGACGGGCAAGGAAAAUGUACCGGUGACGUAGUUUAACAUUAGCCUGUGUAGUCGAGCAACUACUGCUUGCUCGCUUGAUUAUUCGGAGAGUCAUCCAGAAUUGUUGGAGGGAUUAGGGCAGAUCUCGUGUCGAGUUUAUUCGUGGAGAAUAAAUAGAUUUGAUGGAAUGUUUUA